UAAUCGGUCGCCAGAUUAUGGUGAGACCGGAGGGGUGAGGUGGAGACGGGCAGGCAGGAGCACGCGCCCGGACGAGAAGUGUCGGCUCCUCGGCGGUGUCGUUAUUCUCAGUGGACGCGCGUCUCGUGCGCUCAUUUCAGGGGCUUCGUUCGUCGACGAGGUCCUUAACUAGUGUUGCCAUGUCGGCGAAAGCCAUCUCCGAGCAGACAGGAAAAGAGUUCCUGUACAAGCACAUCUGCACUUCAGCGGCCGUGCAGAACCGCUUCCGCUAUGCCAGCGUUACCGCCGAGACGGACUGGAGUCGCCUCACACAGGACCAUCCGUGGCUGCUGACAGAGCGUCUGGUGGUGAAACCAGAUCAACUCAUCAAGCGCCGUGGGAAGCUUGGAUUAGUGGGCAUCAACCUGGACCUGCAGGGUGUGAAGGAGUGGCUGAAAACCCACCUCAUGAAGGAGACCACUGUGGGAAAAGCAAAGGGAACACUGAAGAACUUCCUGAUUGAGCCAUUCGUCCCCCACACACAGGAGGAGGAGUUUUACAUGUGUAUCUAUGCCACACGUGAGGGCGAUCAUGUGCUCUUCCACCACGAGGGCGGCGUUGAAGUGGGCGAUGUGGAUUCCAAAGCAGAGAGGCUGAUGGUCGCAGUGGGUGACAAGCUGAGUCAAGACCAAGUCACACAGCAGCUCCUCACACAUGUUCCUGAAGAGAAGAAAGAAGUUUUGGCCAGUUUUUUAGUGGGCAUCUUCAACCUAUAUGAGGACCUCUACUUCACCUACCUUGAGAUCAAUCCACUUGUUGUCACGCGUGAUGGAGUGUACGUCCUCGACAUGGCCGCCAAAAUUGACGCAACAGCAGAUUUUAUCUGCAAAGCUAAAUGGGGAGAUGUGGAGUUCCCACCACCAUUUGGAAGAGAAGCAUAUCCAGAGGAGGCCUAUAUAGCUGAUCUGGAUGCAAAGAGUGGUGCCAGUCUGAAGCUGACCCUGCUGAAUCCCCGAGGACGGAUCUGGACGAUGGUGGCAGGAGGAGGGGCUUCAGUAGUUUAUAGUGACACCAUCUGUGACCUGGGUGGAGUGGGUGAGCUGGCGAACUAUGGCGAGUACUCGGGUGCACCCAGUGAACAGCAGACCUACGACUACGCUAAAACCAUUCUCUCGCUCAUGACGCGAGAGAAACAUGUUCAAGGGAAAGUGCUGAUCAUUGGAGGAAGCAUUGCCAACUUCACCAAUGUAGCAGCCACGUUUAAGGGCAUUGUCAGGGCAAUUAAAGACUAUCAGGGUCCUCUGAAGGAACAUGAGGUCACCAUCUUUGUUCGACGUGGUGGACCCAACUACCAGGAGGGGCUGAGGGUGAUGGGGGAAGUGGGUAAGACUACAGGUAUUCCUAUCCACGUGUUUGGUACCGAGACCCACAUGACUGCCAUUGUUGGAAUGGCUCUAGGCCACCGGCCAAUUCCGAACCAGCCACCAAUGGAUGCACACACGGCCAACUUCCUACUGAACGCCAGCAACAGUGCAGUGACUCCUGCUACAACAAGAACAGCUUCCUUCUCUGAACCCAAGUCGCCAAAUGGUGUCACCCCAGCAAAAAAGUGUAAUGCAGGUCUUCCGGCAGACUUACUUCAUUCUAUACUGUGGCCUCUGAAGAAUGUGGCCACAGGAGAUGGGAGAGAAGCACAAGCCUCUACAGGCUGCAGCGGAGCUAAAGCCACCACACUUUUCAGCAAACGCACCAAGACUAUUGUCUGGGGCAUGCAAACACGCGCUGUGCAGGGAAUGCUGGACUUUGACUACGUAUGCUCCAGGGACGAACCCUCCGUGGCAGCGAUGGUCUACCCCUUCACUGGAGAUCACAAGCAAAAAUUUUAUUGGGGCCACAAGGAGAUCCUGCUGCCGGUCUUCAAGAACAUGGCAGAUGCUAUGAAGAAGCACCCAGAGGUGGAUGUCCUGAUCAGCUUUGCUUCCCUGCGCUCAGCCUUUGACAGUACAGUGGAAACCAUGCAGUACCCUCAGAUUCACACCAUUGCCAUUAUAGCCGAAGGUAUCCCUGAAGCCCAAACAAGGAAGUUAAUCAAGAUGGCUGAUGAGAAAGGUGUCACUAUCAUUGGCCCAGCUACAGUUGGUGGCAUCAAGCCGGGCUGUUUUAAGAUUGGCAACACUGGUGGCAUGUUGGACAACAUCUUGGCUUCCAAACUUUACCGUCCUGGUAGUGUGGCGUAUGUGUCACGGUCUGGGGGCAUGUCAAACGAAUUGAACAACAUCAUCUCCCGCACCACAGAUGGUGUUUAUGAAGGUGUGGCCAUUGGAGGAGACAGAUAUCCAGGUUCGACUUUUAUGGAUCAUGUUCUGCGCUAUCAGGACACUCCAGGGGUCAAGAUGAUAGUGGUGUUAGGAGAGAUUGGAGGCGCAGAGGAGUACAAGAUUUGCCAAGGUAUCACAGAGGGAAGAAUAACCAAACCUGUGGUGUGCUGGUGUAUUGGAACCUGUGCCACAAUGUUCGCUUCAGAGGUUCAGUUUGGCCACGCAGGAGCCUGUGCCAACCAGGCUUCAGAAACAGCAGUCGCCAAGAAUCAGGCUCUCAGGGAUGCUGGAGCUUAUGUACCCAUGAGCUUUGAUGAGCUGGGCAACGUCAUUAGGAAAGUUUAUGAAGAUCUGGUUGCCAAUGGCACCAUCAUUCCUGCCCAGGAGGUUCCUCCACCAACAGUCCCAAUGGAUUACUCCUGGGCUAGAGAGUUAGGCCUGAUCCGUAAGCCAGCCUCAUUUAUGACGAGCAUCUGUGACGAGCGAGGCCAGGAGCUGAUCUAUGCUGGCAUGCCGAUCACUGAAGUCUUUAAAGAGGAGAUGGGCUUGGGCGGAGUGCUCGGCUUACUCUGGUUCCAGCGCAGGUUGCCUCGCUAUGCCUGCCAGUUUAUUGAGAUGUGCCUGAUGGUGACCGCUGACCAUGGCCCCGCCGUCUCUGGUGCACACAACACCAUUGUCUGUGCUCGGGCUGGCAAAGACCUGAUCUCAAGUCUCACCUCUGGCCUGCUCACCAUCGGGGACCGUUUUGGAGGGGCUCUGGAUGCAGCUGCAAAGCAGUUUAGCAAGGCAUUUGAUAGUGGCCUGAUGCCCAUGGAGUUUGUCAACAAAAUGAAGAAGGAUGGAAAGCUAAUAAUGGGCAUUGGCCACAGAGUCAAAUCGAUCAACAAUCCAGACAUGCGGGUGCAGAUUCUAAAGGAUUUUGUCAAACAGCAUUUCCCUUCCAGUCAGCUGCUCGACUAUGCUCUAGACGUAGAGAAAAUCACCACAUCAAAGAAACCAAACCUGAUUCUCAACGUAGAUGGGUUAAUCGGCGUUUCUUUUGUGGAUCUGCUGAGGACAUGUGGUGGCUUCACACGAGAUGAGGCUGAUGAGUUUGUGGAGAUUGGUGCACUAAAUGGAAUCUUUGUCCUGGGACGGAGUAUGGGCUUCAUUGGUCAUUACCUUGAUCAGAAGAGGCUGAAACAGGGCCUGUACCGCCACCCCUGGGACGACAUCUCCUACGUCCUCCCUGAACACAUGUCCAUGUAAUCCCCACAUUGGAGAAUGGGAUGCCCUUCCAGAUGUGACUGCUCAUUUCACAACAGCAUAACAGCUGCCUUAAAAAAGCAUUUGGGCAGGAUGAUUCUGGAAACUUAUGUCUUCAGUCAACUUUUUAUGGGUGAUAAGGGGACGUAUAUUUUUAGAUUAUGUUUUUGACUAGCUAUUUAAAAAGUCUGAGGUGUAAUUUAUUUAGUUUUGAACAAAGAGCCCAAACAAAAUUACUUCAGUUAAGAGCACAAAUUCAAUUGGCACACAAAAAAGAAAAAAAAAAAAAAAGAGUACAAUGUCUGAUGCUCAUGUCACGCCUGACCUCGACACUGUAAUCUGCAGAAAUACAGUCUUGUAACUUUUUUUAAAAAAUACUAAUUACGCAAAUUGACCUUUUUUCUUUUAAUCAGCAUUUGCCUGUUGUAGGCAAAGUGUGCUUCUGCAUGCUGUCAGCACUUUAGUUUAAACACUAGCAAAUCUACAGCAGUUGUUUUUUUGUUUUUUUUUGUUUAAGUCCCUCUGACAAAGAUCUCUUUGAGAUAAACCAAAGUAAUUCUUUAGAAAUGUAACAUCUUUGUUAAAAAGGUAAAAUCUGGGUCAGGUGGUAAAUGGUACCGGUGUUAGGAAAGGCAGACAUAAUAAUUUACUUUGAUUAAUUAGUGCACAAUACUGUAUAGGUGGCCCUUGACCCCAGAAUGGUUAGUAACUGCCCGCUGUCUGGCCUGUGUGAGUUGUGCUUUGUUUGUUUUUAUUUAACAUUAAAAGAUUUGCUUUGUUUUUGUAAUAUGCUGUCCUAUUGUACUAUAAUCAUAAUUAAAAAACCUUCUUUUACUUUUCACUUUG